GAAGACCUUGUGUGUGAGAAGUAUUUCAAGUUAUUAAAUAAACUUAAACUUUCUAAAUGAAAUAAACACAUACUUACUUAUUUGCUUACUCAGAUGACAUUUUACACAGACACAGAUACUAGGUCUCUCUCUCUCUCUCUCUCUCUCUCUCUCUCUCUCUCUCAAACCCAUCCCUUCACCCCACCCUUUGGCCAGGUUGGGUUACACACAUUACACAAGUGAUACAGCCUCAGAUAUCACACUCUUCAUAAAUUAUUAUUGCAGAGCCUGUGAGACGUAGCGAGUAUGCGCAAUUAGCCAGGUAGUUGGCAAGUGAAGUGGUCAGCGUGGAUGGAGCAGCAGAAUCAGGAUGGAUAUUUCUGCUUUGCCCAACAACAACCACCCAGAGAAAUUCCUCCAGCUAGACGUUGGGAUGCUGCCAGCCACACACAGCAUGUUUCAGGUUGGGGCAGUAAUGUCCAGCUAUCUAACCAGUGUAGCCUACAGCUCCAUAGAAAAUGUUAAAGCUGGAUGGAUUGAGAAUUCUCCUCUGUCUCCACAGAGGGAGCCAAGGGUAACAACCAAAAGCAGUUCUGUGCCACACCCAGACUGGAGUCCUGUGGUGUUUGUGGACAGAUACCUGGAGAAGCACAUCACUCCAUCCACUCUGAAGACCAACAUCAGACAGAACCCUCUGUACAUGGAUGUAAAAUCAGUGAUUGAGCAGAAUGAGACAUCACACCCUUCCUGGACUGUCAAGGACUAUGACAGUCAAACAAACCAUAGAAAUCUUGCAGACUAUUUACAGGAAGAGGACAAGACUCCUAAAGAUCUGGAUUUCUGGCUCGAGGAUCUCUACACACCGGGAUUUGAUUCUUUACUGAAGAGGAAAGAAGCAGAGCGCAGAAGAAGACUCUGUAAAAUUAUCUCUUCAAUCAUUGUGAUUGUUUGUGCACUUCUUCUUUUUAUUGCACUAGCUGUGGUUCUCCAAAAAAACAUCUGACUUUCGGGUACACUUUCAAUCAAUUUUUCAGACUUUUCUGUAGUGGUAGUGUGUUGUUGUUAUCUUGCUCUGACAGAGUACCACAAGUUAUGGAUUAUUUUGGGGAUUUUUCUUUUCUUUUUCACUUUUCUGGAUUAGCCAAUUCUGUUUUGGUUAUCCACCCUAAUGGCUUCAUGUCCAUAAUGGGCAUGUUUUGGCUACAGUCUAUGGGGGUCAUGAAUCCAAAGCACAUUCUCUAAUUGACUGUCUAGUAUUUGCUGAAAUAUAAUUUUUAAAUUAGUUGAAAUGCACUAAAACACAGUUUUGUAAAGAUGAAGGUUACUUCCUGUUUAAAGUGAGUUCCUCCUUCCCACAAGUGCUGAUUUCUAAUACUAUAGGGUCCAUUAUCUUGCUAUG